CCAUCAGCCUGGGGAUGCCGGAGCCUGCAAACAGCUGUCCGGGAGCCGCCCUGAUCCCAUCGCUCGCUGGGCCGGGAAGGAGGCGCCUGCAGCUGGAACUCCCCUGCACCCAGGAAGGUGGAUGGAACACAAGACAGAGCUAGGUGCUGCCCGAAGCCACUGGGCUGACAGAAGAGGCUCCUUGGGAUCCUUGGCUGCCCAAGGGGGACGUCGGGCGGCAGCAGAGUCGCGCAGAGGAUUCCCGAGCAUGGAUGCGGGUGCUGGAGAGCAGGUUCCCAUGUUCGCAGCCUGGGACCAUGGUGACGGUAACUGGACCGAGGACAUGCGGCGUGUCAUCAUGAGCGAGAGCGAGGAAGAGGGGCUGCUCUUCAGCGCUAUCAUCCUUGCUCUGACGGAGGUCGUGGGGCUGCUGGGGCUGGCUGGCAACGGCAUCGUUCUGUGGCUCCUGAGCAGCCGCAUCCAUCGGAAUAACUUCUCCAUCUACCUCCUCGACUUGGCCAGCGCCGACUUCCUCUUCCUUUGCUGCCACUCGGUGAUCGUCAUUCCCGAAACUCUCCAGCGUCACUUCAGCUUCCCCCAUUACGUCUAUGACAGCCUACUGGCCCUGAGGUUCUUCUUCUACACGGUGGGCCUGAGCCUGCUGGCGGCCAUCAGCACCGAGCAGUGUGCCGCCACGCUCUGGCCCUCGUGCUACGGCCGCCGCCGGCCCCCCCACACGUCGGCCGUCGUGUGCGCCCUGCUCUGGGCCCUCUGCCUCGUGCUGCACUUCCUGUCCUACGGGACCUGCGGGGAGCUGUCUGGGGGCGACGUGGGGACCGUGUGCAGCCAGAUUGGCUUGGCCCGAGUGGCCUUGCUCUUCCUCCUCUUGACCACAAUGUGCGUGUCCAGUCUGAUCCUGCUCGUCAGAGUGGAGUGUGGCUCCCAGCGCCGCUGGCCCCAGAAAUUCUACCUGAUUAUUCUGUUCACCGUCCUCACGUUUCUCUUCUGUGGCCUUCCCUUUGGCAUCUACAGGCUCUCCCUAAAUUGGCUGGACAUCCCUGCCUACUACUACUGCCUCAGUAUUCUAAUGGCCUGUGUGAAUGGCUCAGCCAAGCCACUCAUCUACUUCUGCGUGGGCAGCCUCAGGCAACGCAGAUUCAGGGGGCCCUUCAAGGCCGUUCUCCUGAAGGCCCUGGGGGAUGAGGAAGAGCUGGGGGAGGGAGGAGAGAUGCUAGACGCAGGACCCGUGGAGAUAUAGGCCUCAGCCCAUGGGGCGCCCCUCGGGAUACCCGCUUCAUUUCCCUCAGCCCAGAUCCAGCUGCAGCCACUCCCCUGCCCCUGCCAAUGAGACAGGAUGCUACCCUGCCUUGGUUCCCAGAAUCUUUUCUUCUGGGGUAUAAACACCCACAAGCCUAGGGUCCCAGGAUUUCCUGGAGCAGCCAGGGCCUGGACUGGUUUAUUGCAUAUAGAGGCUUUAAUUCAGUAUAAUCCUCCUGCCCCUGGGAUAGGUAGAGGGGAAGGUGAGGCUUCCCCAUCUACCAUGAGAAUCCAAAUUCAUUCCUCACUAGCUCUGGGUGCCUGAAACCACAGUGAAGUGUAGAGGUUGCUGAAAGCAUUUGAACUCCUUCAUCAGGAGAAACAACUGACCUGAGCACCUAGUUAUCGGGAAUCACUAUCCUCAGACACCUGCACUCCCAGGGGCUUCUCUAGCCCAUACUCAGGUCCAAGUGAGUUCCUGGCACCUACCUCUCUAGACUCUGAGAUAUCUGUCCCCUCCUCCUCAGCCCUGCCAUGAGGCAGUGUCCAGGGAGUUUCACUCCCUGGGUCCUGAUAGUCAGAAGGCCAGUGUCUCUUCCCACAAUCUUUCCUGUCCCCCAGGGCUGAGAAGCUGUGUUGUUCCAGUCCUGUGUAGACAAGCUCACCACAGACAUGUGCUCCUUGUAUCCUCCCAUCCCCAUCCCAACCCAUCAAGCUACAAUUGCCCAGGAGUUAGUGGGUGGGAUUUCUAUAUUACAAGUUCACAUGCAUGGCCUCUCACUGAGGACCAGAAAACUGGUCACAAAAUUUAGAUGACUCAUUAAAAAAUCUCGCCGCAAAGGGGUGUGAGAGCAAUCUCAUCGAGAAGGUGAUGGUUGUCAGGAUGGAUCGAUCAUCAGGCAGGUUCUGGAGCCACUGUGAUAGCUAGUCUAAAGCACAAAGAUUGAAAGGUGAAGAAAGAAAGAAUUGAGAGCACACUCAACCUCCGAGGGCAGCUGGUCAAGCUGGUCCCUAAAGAGACAUCCCCCCUCCCUCUUCCAACCACUUGGCCAGCCAGACUUUGCUUCCGGAGUCGGUGGUAAGAUCACCACCUCCCUUAGCUCUUCUUAUGGGGACUUCCUUGCAUCAAGGCCAGACUUGAUGCUCUUUAACUUGGGAUCAGAGAUGUAGAGCUGGAAGGGACCUGUGAGGCCAGCUAGUGCUAAAGGAAACUGAGGCUCCAAAAGCCUGACAAUAGUCAAGAAGCAUCUAUUAAGAGCUUACAGUGAACCAGGCACUCAGGGGAUUUCCCCACCAUCCCACUACUCACUAAGUAGUGUCAGAAGCAUUUACCACAGUUUUCUAACUCUCUACCCACAAUGCAAAGCUGCCUAACUCUGCCCUGGAGGGGGAAGGGGGAAGCAGAAAAGACUAAUUCUUCCCCUGGACUGCCCUUUGAAUACAAGGGUAGGGGCAUGGUGGGAGUAGGGGAAGGAAAAAAAUAGGUAGGGAUAAAGGCUCUCACCAGGUCUCAGUCCUCAGAGUGGGAAGGAUAUAAACCAGUGUGGGCCUGGACGGGGUGGAGAAAGGUCGUCAGAUAUGAGUCUUAAGAUCCCAGUCCUAAGAUCCCAGAGGAGGAAUGAGAACCAGUGAUGUCCCUUCCAAAGAUUGCCCCUGGAUUUGACCUGUCCAGGUUCAGCUAAGUUCUUGUUACUGCUAGUCAGUGGUGGAGCGCCGGGGUUCUUCAUCCCCUCCACACCAAGGUAGUUCACUGACUUUAGAGGGAGGGGACAAGAACCAUUUUUCUAUCUCUGUUGCUACAAACAGGUGCUAAGAAUUGACUGGCAAGGCCCUUUGAUCCUACACAUGGGAAUUUCUAGCAUGGGACAUGAAAGUUUCUAGAAAAUGGCAGCAGGAAGAGAUGGGACCAGAGUAGAGGCAGCCUGCCAAAAAUGAGGCCCAUAUGUCUCAGGCCAAAGAAAUUAAAAGAUGUUUUUGGACUAUCACAGUUCCUUUACCCAAAUCACUGAUAAGUUUUUAAAUGACACAGGGUCAUGCAGACACCUGAGACACUCCACUGGAGACCUCUAUGCAAGUGAAAAUGCCUCUUGAGUCUGGCCAUUCAACCAGUCCUGAAUCCACCUAAUUGUGUAAUGCCUAACUCAUAACCUUUCUUCAUUUCCAUAAGAAGAGCAUGAGAGACUUAGUCAAGCACUUUGCUCAAACUUAAGUUAUCCAUAUCUGCAGCAUUGCCAUGAACUAUCUGCCUAGUUACCCUGUUAAAAAAAAAA